CUUAAUCCCUUGUAUUACAGUAUACAGUCUUGAAAAAGGAUUCUUAUUUUAAAAAGCAAUGAUGAUUCAUAGUAAAAAGCUUAGUGGCGCAGAAAACCGAAAACGAACCCAUGCAAAAAAUGAAGCUCAAGCAAAAAUACUUUUAAAGACUGCUAAGUUAGAAACAUAUUUUAGCUUUACAGAUAAACAGCUUCACACAUCGCCGGUUGAAAAUGUAAAUAAUACAAGCGAUGAAAAUGAUCACAGCUUUAUUGUUAAUGAGAAUAACCUAUCAAAUCCAGACGAUUUAAUAUUAAUAUUAUCAAGUAAGAGCUGUACUGAAACUAGUAAAACUCUAUUGACUCCAGAAUCCAAAGAACUAAAUGAAACACCCUGUUUGUCCAUGCAUGAACAUAACAAGCCCGAAUGUUUAUUAAACCAAAAUGAUCACAGAUUCACUGUUAAUAAAGAUAAUCUAACAAAUCCAGACAAUCUUAUAUUACUAAAUAACAGCAGCACAGAAACGAGUAAAACUCUAUUGUCUACAGAAUCGGAAGAAAUAAAUGAUACACCACGUUUGCCAAUGGUUGAACAUAACAGUCUUCCUAAACAAAGUAUUGUUCCUGAAAAUGAUCCUGCCAAUUGGAUAAAAAAUCAAGAAACGAUAGAUUAUUUAUCAAUCAAUGGAUUUAACCAAAAUUUAGAGAACAAUAAUUUCCAAAAGUCAAAAAGAAUUUACACUCAAAUAAUUGGUGGGGUAAGACGUACUCGUUUUCGAUAUAUGUCAAAAAGUAUAUUUAUAUCUACUCUUGUUAAUGGUGAAAAAAUUAACCGAACAUUUUUGAUUUACUCAGAAAGUAAAGGAUCAAUAUUUUGUGCUCCCUGCUAUUUAUUUGGUGGCACUACAUCGUUUGCCACAGUUGGUUUUUCAGAUUGGAAAAAAGGAGAAGAAAAAAUCAAGCGUCAUGAAAAUUCACAACACCACAAAUUGUGUGUAAUGAAUAUGAAAGAAAGAAAAGAAGUAUUAAAUCGAGUUGAUCAAAAGCUAAAGUAUCAAGUAGAAACAGAAACAAAUUAUUGGAAAAAUGUAUUGACAAGAGUUGUAGCUGUUGUGAAAUCCCUUUCUUCUCGUGGAAUGUCUUUUAGAGGUGAUGAUGACCGUUUUGGAUCUGUUCAUAAUGGGAACUUUAUGAUGAGCUUAGAGCUUAUUGCUCAGUUUGAUCCUUUUUUAGCACAACACAUUGAGAAGUUUGGAAAUAAAGGAAAAGGUUCAACAUCAUACCUAUCAUUUAAUAUAUAUGAGCAGUUCAUAAGUAUAAUGGCAGAUAAUGUUAUUCAACAAAUGGUGAAAGAAAUAAAGGAAGCUAAAUACUUUUCCAUCAGUAUUGAUUCUACUCCUGACAUUAGCCAUGUAGAUCAACUGUCAUUCAUUUUUCGGUAUGUUCAAAAGAAUGGCUGUCCGGUAGAAAGAUUUUUAGGGUUUUUACCUAAUUCUGGUCAUAAAUCUGAAAAAUUAGCAGAUGCUGUAUUUUUAGUUUUAGAAUCGCAUGGAUUAGAUAUUAAUAAUUGUCGUGGUCAAAGUUACGACAAUGUGUCUAAUAUGUCUGGUAGAUACACAGGACUUCAAGCUCGCAUUAAAAAAGUUAAUCCUUUAGCAACAUUUGUACCAUGCUCAGCACACUCUUUAAAUCUUGUUGGUGAGUGCGCUGUGGACUGUUGUAUUUAUGCUUCUGAAUUUUUUAUUCUGCUUCAAAAUAUUUAUAAAUUUUUCAGUGCCUCUACUUAUAGAUGGGAAAUACUUCAGAAGAAUUUGAUUAAAACAGAAAAUAUAUCUCUUAAAAAACUAUCAGAUACCAGAUGGUCAGCAAGAUCUGAUGCAAAUGAUAAAACAGAAAAAUCUAUUACAAGAUCAGAAGCUAACGGGCUAUAUUUAAAACUGGAUAGUCUUGAAACAGCUAUAAUGGCCACAUUAUGGGGCGAUAUACUAGAGAGAUUCAACAAAACUAGCAAACAAUUGCAGUCAGUUGAGAUUGAUUUAGAAACAGUUGUAAGUUUAUACGAAUCUUUAAUUCGAUAUGUAUUAGAUUUAAGGAAAAGAAGAAAAUUGUGCUAUGAUGAAGCCAAUAAAAAAUUUAACUUUUUAUUUCAAAUAAUAAAACUUUCGCCAUCAGAAGUUUACAAAAAAGCAGAGGUACUUCAAAAUGUAUAUAAAAAUGACCUUUCGUCUUCAUUUGCUAACGAGUGUAUACAAUUCAGAAGUUAUUUAAUGAGUUUAACUGAAAACUUAAGACCUAAAACUAUAAUAGAUGUUUAUAAAAUGAUCAGAAUUGAAAAACUUCAAGAGCUGUUUCCUUAUGUAGAUAUAGCAUUAAGAAUAUAUCUAUGCUGCCCAACGUCCAAUUGUUCAGCCGAGAGAUCAUUUUCAGCAUUAAAGAGGGUUAAAUCUUAUUUGAGGUCGCGAAUGACAAGUGAUCGUCUUAAUAGAAAAUGUUUUUUUUUUAAUGAUCACCCCAUAUCAAAGUUGACAUUAUUCUUAAAAAAGGGCGCUUAA